AUGGCCGCCCCAGCUGCCCCCGUCGACCCGGGCAUGUCGAUCCAGUGGGUCAAGCACCCAGAGUACCUCGACCGCCUCGUCGACCAACUCGCCCUCGUCCCGACCCACGACAACACACACCACCUCGUGUGGACCACCAUCACCCGCAAGUCGCAAGACUUCAAGCUCCGCAGGCAACACGUCCUCGACCACGUCACCGCCGCCCUCUUCUCCUCGGCGGGAGAUCCCGCCCGCGCAAAGAAGCAGGCCGACUCGGUCCUCCGCAAGAUCCAGGCCAUCGCCAAGGACUACUCGAACGCGAUCUUGACCCUCAAGUCUGACCCGUACAACGAGUCGACCAACCUCGCCGUCAUCCGCCAGCAGCAGCCUCACUUCGACACGAUCCAUGCCAUCCUGCGCGGCCACCCCGACUUUGUGCAGUGGGAGCAGGGCCAGGCCGUCCUCCCCAUCGACGACGACCCCAUGCAAGACGUCCAGCACGCCGCAGCCGCCGCCGCAGCACCUCCUCCCCCUCCACCUGCGCCGGCUCCUCAGCCCGCCCCCUCGCCCCGCGCCGCCGCCCUCCAGCACCUCGCGCACCUCCUCCCUCCUCCGACCCCCGCUCCCGCUCCCGCUCCCGCCGCACCGCCCGCGCCCGCGCCCGCUCACUCGCCCCACGCGCCCCACGCGCCCGUCGCCGGCCCCGCCUACCCAAAUCCGCACCUCGCGCACCUGCACGGCGCCGCCGCCGCCGCGCCGGGCCAGGGCCAGGGGCAGGGCGACGCCUCGAGCCCGCGCGCCCAGGCGGCACAGGCGGCGCUCAAGCGCGCGAGGAGGGCCUCUUCGAGGGAGCCGAGCCCGGACGCGACGCCUGCUGCGCAGAGGAGGGCGCCGUUCGGCGUCGGCGCGGGCUGGGGCGUCGUGUUUGACGACGACGACUCGCCGCGUGCUGCUGCGCCCGCGCUCGCGCCUGCGCCCGUCGACGACGCCGCGCCGCACGUCGCCGCCCCUGCGCCGGCGCCGCCGCCCGCCGUCGCCGCCGCCGAGGAGGAGGACGACCUCGCGCUCUCUCGCUGCCCCAAGUGCGACGCCGGGUUCGUCUCUGGCGACCCGCACGCGAUCGAGGUGCACCUGCGCCAGUGCCUCGACGCCGGCGGCGCGACCGUGAGCGAGUGCCCCGUGUGCUCGGCCGCGCUCGACGGCCUGAGCGACGAGGACCAGGUGAGGCACGUCGGGGCGUGCUGCGAGGGGGCGACGAGUGGGCAUGGGGGCGGGGCGAGGGACCAUGUUGUGUUCGUCAGCGACGACAAGACGACGCCGAGGGACGACAAGACGCUCGAGCCGCUCGAGUGCAUCAUGUGCCUCGACGACUUUGCGCCGGGCGAGCGCCUCGCGCGCCUGUCGUGCUACUGCGUCUUCCACGAGCCGUGCAUCGUCGAGUUCUGGGAACAGCCGGGCAAGUUUUGUCCGACCCACCGCGAGCGCGACGGGCCGACCGAGGUCGUCAUGCGUGGGACGUGAGGCGCACCGUCCGUGUCGGUGUCGGCGGUGUCGGUGUCGCUCGUCCCUCUCUCUCUCGUCAUCCCUCCCUCGUUCUCCGCCGGCCGUUCGUCGAGUCGUCGUUUUUUCUGUGCCGCUUUGUCAGUGCCACUCUCUGUCGUUUGUAGCAUUCCCGCUUGAUUUCCGCUGCCAUCGUUGCCUUUGCCCC